CGCCGCCUCCGCGCGAACAUGGACGCCGUCAACGCCUUCAACCAGGAGCUCUUUUCACUCAUGGAUAUGAAACCUCCCAUCUCUCGAGCCAAGAUGAUACUUAUAACAAAAGCUGCUAUUAAGGCUAUUAAGCUUUAUAAGCAUGUAGUUCAAAUAGUAGAGAAGUUCAUCAAAAAGUGUAAGCCUGAAUAUAAAGUUCCAGGAUUAUAUGUAAUUGACUCAAUUGUACGACAGUCUCGUCAUCAAUUUGGAACUGAUAAAGAUGUUUUUGGGCCAAGAUUCUCUAAAAAUAUAACCGCCACAUUCCAAUAUUUGUAUCUUUGUCCAUCUGAAGAUAAGAGUAAAAUAGUUCGUGUGCUAAACCUCUGGCAGAAAAAUGGAGUAUUCAAAAUUGAAAUUAUUCAGCCUCUUUUGGACAUGGCAGCAGGAACCAGUAAUGCUGCCCCAGUAGCAGAAAAUGUGACUAAUAAUGAAGGUUCACCGCCACCUCCAGUUAAAGUUUCUUCUGACGUCCCACAAACCACUACGAACUCUAUAGCAGCAGUACCACAGCUGCCCAGUUCUGAUGCUUUUGCUGCUGUAGCUCAACUGUUUCAGUCAACACAAAGCCAACAGCUUCAGCAGAUCCUUCAGACUUUUCAGCAGCCUCCAAAACCACAGUCUCCUGCUAUUGACAAUGCUGUGAUGGCUCAGGUUCAGGCAAUGACAGCUCAGUUGAAGACAGCUCCUGCACAAACACCAGACCAGAAGGCUGCUCUCCCUGCUCCUGAACAGAAAACCACCUUUGACAAGAAGCUACUUGAUAGGUUUGAUUAUGAUGAUGAGCCAGAAGCUAUGGAAGAGUCCAAGAAAGAAGAUGCUGCUGCCAGCACUGCGCCUGUUGCUACUGGGCCUCCUGUUCUGGCGACUGCUAUGCCUGCUGCUGCCACAGCACCUGCCACUUCUCCUCCACAGGCACCAUAUGGGUUUCCUGGAGAUGGCAUGCAGCAACCAGCAUAUGCACAGCCGCAAGCUAUGGAUCAUUUUCAGCCUCGAAUGAUGCCGGUACAGCAGGAUCCAGUACACCAUCAGGUAUGGGAAGUGGUUCCUCCUAAUGGACAGAUGCCAGGGUUUGGCCUUCUUGCAGCACCUCCAUUUCCUACCAUGGCCCAGCCUGUGAUUCCCCCUCCACCUGUGCAACCACCUUUCCAGGCUUCUUUUCAAGCACAGAAUGAACCACUUACGCAGAAGGCACAUCAGGAAAUGGAAGUGGAACAACCUUGCAUCCAAGAGGUUAAGCGACAUAUAUCUGAUAAUAGAAAGUCAAGAUCUAGGUCAGCAUCGAGGUCACCAAAAAGGAGGCGGUCCCGAUCAGGUUCUAGAUCACGAAGGUCUCGACAUCGACGUUCUAGAUCUCGAUCCAGGGAUAGACGCAGACAUUCUCCUAGAUCUCGAUCCCAAGAAAGACGGGAUCGAGAAAAAGAAAGAGAACGCCGACAGAAAGGCCUUCCUCAAAUCAAACCAGAAACUGCUAGUGUGUGUAGCACUACACUUUGGGUGGGACAGCUGGACAAAAGGACUACCCAACAGGACGUUGCCAGUCUAUUGGAAGAGUUCGGUCCAAUUGAAUCAAUUAAUAUGAUUCCUCCCAGAGGUUGUGCCUAUAUUGUUAUGGUUCAUAGGCAAGAUGCCUAUCGUGCCCUGCAGAAAUUGAGCCGAGGAAAUUAUAAAGUGAACCAGAAAUCUAUAAAGAUUGCCUGGGCCUUAAACAAAGGAAUCAAGGCAGAUUAUAAGCAGUAUUGGGAUGUAGAACUUGGUGUUACUUAUGUUCCAUGGGACAAAGUCAAGCCUGAAGAACUGGAGAGCUUUUGUGAAGGAGGAAUUUUAGACAGUGAUACACUUAAUCCAGAUUGGAAAGGAAUUUCCAAGAAACCCGAAAAUGAGGUUGCUCAGAAUGGAGGAGCAGAACCCUCGCACACUGAACCAGUAUCACCUAUCCCUAAACCUUUACCUGUGCCUGUCCCUCCUAUCCCAGUUCCUGCACCUAUAACAGUCCCUCCUCCACAGGUCCCACCACAUCAGCCAGGCCCACCUGUCGUUGGUGCUCUCCAACCACCAGCUUUCACGCCUCCAAUGGGAAUUCCCCCUCCUGGCUUUGGCCCUGGUGUCCCUCCGCCACCGCCCCCUCCACCAUUUUUGCGUCCAGGAUUCAAUCCAAUGCAUUUGCCACCAGGUUUUCUUCCUCCUGGACCCCCACCUCCUAUAACUCCACCAGUAUCCAUUCCUCCUCCUCACACUCCUCCAAUAAGCAUCCCAAACUCCACUAUCGCUGGUAUAAAUGAAGACACUACAAAAGACUUAUCUAUUGGAAAUCCCAUUCCAACAGUGGUAUCUGGGGCUAGAGGAAAUGCCGAAUCUGGUGACAGUGCGAAAAUGUAUGGUUCUGCUGCGCCACCUGCUGCACCCACGAAUCUGCCCACCCCGCCUGUAACCCAGCCUGUUUCGCUUCUUGGUACUCAAGGAGUUGGACCUGGACCCGGACCCGGACCCGGACCUGGACCUGGACCCGUCGUUGGAAUCCAGGCCCCAUCUACCGGUCUUCUCGGUGCACGGCCUGGCCUCAUCCCACUCCAGCGCCCUCCGGGAAUGCCUCCCCCUCACCUACAGCGCUUCCCUAUGAUGCCACCUCGGCCCAUGCCACCACACAUGAUGCAUCGAGGUCCACCUCCGGGUCCUGGGGGCUUCGGCAUGCCUCCCCCUCAUGGAAUGAAAGGGCCCUUCCCACCCCAUGGCCCUUUCGUCAGACCCGGUGGCAUGCCGGGGCUCGGAGGCCCAGGGCCCGGUCCUGGUGGUCCUGAAGACAGGGACGGCCGGCAGCCACCACCUCAACAGCAGCAGCAGCCGCCACCACCACAGCCACAACAGCCGCCACCAACUCAGCAACCACCAACGCAGCAGCCACAGCAACAACAGCAGCAGCAGCCGCCGCCACCACCACCACAAGGAUUUCGAAAUGAAGGCAGGCAGCAAUUCAGUGCAGGGAGAGACCAGGAGAGGUUCGGCCGCAGAUCAUUCGGGAAUCGGGUGGAGAACGACCGUGACCGGUAUGGGAACCGGAAUGAUGACCGAGAGAACAGCACGCGUGACCGGAGAGAAUGGGGAAGGCGGACCCCCGACCGGGACAGGCACAGAGACUUGGAGGACAGGAACAGACGCUGUAGCAGCCACCGAGACCGAGAAAGAGAUUCGAGAGAUCGAGAGUCUCGUAGAGAGAAGGAGGAGAACCGAGGGAAGGAAAAGUCAGAGGUGACAGACAGGGCAGCUGCUAACAAAACCCUCGAGCCUCCUCCUCGCCCAGCAGGCCCUGUCGACCCUAUCCCUGAACUGGCCAAGGGGGAGGCCGAGGCGGCGGGUGUCAAGCCCACCGAAGAGCCUCCUGUUGCGGCUACCUCCUCCAUUGAUCCCGAGAAGGAUUCCAGUUCCGUAGCUGAAGCUCCACGCUAGGGACUGGGAUUUGUGGAGGGGAGAGUUUGACGUGUACAGAUGCUGUAUGAUAUUUGCUCCUGCGAUACCACAGCCCCACUGUAGCUGGUGGGGAAUUGUAAGCAAUUUGAUUGCUUCCCUUCUAUUUAAAAAUAGCCAGAAAAAAUAACAAAAAAUACUGAAAAGAUGAAUAAAUAUUACCCUUUUUUUGCUGUAACUUUUUAAAAGUUUUGACUUUUAAAAGUUUACAAAUCGUAAUUAGAAGUGCUCUCUAUUUUUUUUUUUUUAAUUUAAGACAAGGUAACGGUGAAAGCUCCUCAAAAACAAUAGGGAUGUUUUUAAUAAACUCUAUUUUCGUAACAAA